AGGAGGUGCCACCAGCUCGAGGGGAGGGAGUGGCCACCCUUCUAGCUGGUGGUGGUGGUGGUACAUUUGUCUCUCCUGAAAUUUACCGCACCCCCGUUUCUCGACGCCCGAGCUCGCGUUGCCGGGGCCGCGCGCGCGGGCGGUGGCAAUGCUGAAGGCCACCGGCAGCUUCACUGGGCGCCCGAGGCGCCCAGUCACCGCCUCGUCGUUCCAGCUCGAUGUCGAGCCUCACCGGAAGCUUGUGAGCGCCGUGCAGGACGCGGCCCGGAAGAUGGCGGAGAGCUACGAGGGCCUGAACCUGGCGCAGAUGGGCCUGAUGCAGGCCGUGCAGGAGUACCUCGCGUUCGACAUCUCCUCCGACUCGAUGGACGCGUCCGCGAUGAUGCUCGUGACGGCGUGCGCUUCCUUCUUCGCGGGGUGCCAGGAUGCGUUGCGGGCGAGCCAGCUGGCAGACAUCCGGCUCAUGUGCGACUGCGUGGCCUCCGAGUGCGACGAGGUAGCGCAGCUGGUGCGGGGCAAUGAGGAGGCCACGGCGGAGCUGCAGCACUACGAGGAGAAGCUCGCCACGAUCACGCCCUCCGAGCGAGACAAGCUGGCGCGGAACGUCGAGAAGCGCGACCGCGCCAGGGAGGUGGCGCGGGACCGGCAGCAGGCCUGCCAGGACGCCAUGGGCGUCUUCGCCCAGCGCCGCACCACCCACGUGCGCCAGACGCUGCACGCGCUGCUCGGCGCCGGCGCGCGGCUGGCCGCGUCCUGGGGCCGGGCCGCGGAGGCCGCGAGCGGGCAGUUCGAGCAGGAGUUGGAGCAGGCGCGCGGCCCCGCGGCCGGCGCCGCCGACUCCAGCGGGGCGGCGGCCGCAGCGCCGCCCGCCGAGGACGGCUGCGCCGCCGUGCGGGUCCGCCCCGCCUUCGGGGCCUGCGAGGGGUGCGAGGCCGAGGUGGCCGCCGCGGGGCUGGGCGCUCCCAUCGCCGAGGUGCUGGUGGGCGGCGCCAGGGCCGAGAUCCUGGGCCCCUGCGGCGGCGGCGGCGUGCGCGUGCGCCUGCCGCCGGGCCGGGCGGGGGCGCCGCUGGCCGUGGAGGCGCGGGCCGCGGGCUGGGAGCGCCUCGUCGCCAGCGCGCAGGACGCGUUCCGCUACUGUGAGUCCGUCGCCUUCGGGGCGUGCAGCUCCAACGUGCAGCUGGCCAGCGAGGAGGGCGCCGCGGAAGCCUGCCGCAGCGUCGCCUCCCGGGUCAGCGGCCUGGUCAAUGGUGUCGCCCUGACGGCCGCGCCGUUGCCAGAGCUCGGCGAGGACGUGGGGGUGCCAGCAGGCUGGCGCGGUUACUACUUCGAAGUAGAGGUGACUCAGGUCUCCGAGAAGCGCACCGGCCGCACCGUCGCGCUGGGCUUCGCGUGGCCGCUGCAGGCGUCGUGGCCGCAGGACCCCGCCGACGUGGGCCCGACGCCGUCCGCCUCUAGCAGUAAGGUCGCGGCCUCCGCCUGGGAGCUCAGCGGCCGACUCCCGGAGAACGCGUCGGCCAUGACGCGCGCGUUCGUCGCGGGCGGGGACCUUCCCAAGGCGUUCUUGGGCGGCAGGGAGCUGGGGAAGCUCUCCGGCUGGAGGCCCGUGCUGGACGUGGGCGCCGGCGCAGUGCUCGGCGCCCUGCUGGAGGUGGGCCCGGGCGCCCUGCGGCUCACCGUGUUCCAGGACGCGGUGCGGCGCUGCAGCACCGAGGCGGCCCUGCCGCCGGGCUGGAGCGGCGCGCCCCACGGCGUGGUGGACGUGUGCGGCUCGGUCCAGGGCGUGCGGCUGCGCCAGGGCGCGGCGCCGCCCCGCGCCGCCCCCGCGGAGGGCGGGGGGGCGCCGCCGCCCAGCGCGCCGUAGGCUCGGCCUGGCGCCGCUGAGGAGCG